ACAAACUCACCAUUCUGUCAUAACACCACCACGGGAACCAUUGCUCUAAUUUCCUUUCUCUUCUUACAUCUCAUAACGACCACCAUAUCUGCCACGUCACCAUACAACGCCACAGUCUAUUUCUUGCUCAACUGUGGUGCUCUAUCAGCCACCACCGACGAAAUUGAUAACCGUCGAUGGGACACUGAUAACCACUACCCAAAAUUCUUACCUCGGAAUUCUUCAACCAUCUCCACAACAUCCAGACCUUCCGAACAAGACCCUUCGGUCAACAGAGUUCCUUAUAUAACUGGCGCCCGUAUUAUAAAAUCUCCCUUCACCUACACUUUCCCUGUCUCACCAGGCACCAAAUUCCUCCGUCUCUAUUUCUACCCGGCCGAUUACCCUGGUUACAACAAAUCUAAAUCUUUUUUCUCCGUCACAGCUAAUCAUUUAACUCUCUUGAGUAACUUCAGUGCUUUCCUCACAGUCUCCGAUAGUAAUAGUUCUAGUAAAGCACUUCAAAAAGAAUAUGUCAUCAAUGUUGAUGAAACUCAGAUUCUCAAUAUCACUUUUUCUCCUUCACCAAACUCUUAUGCUUUUGUUAAUGGGAUUGAGAUACUUUCCAUGCCAACUGAACUUUACAUCCAUGGAGACGUCAAACUGGCGGGGCAGAUAUCUAAUCCUAAUUAUUACAUUGAUAAUAACACUGUUCUUGAGAAAUUGUACAGGCUUACUUAA